AUGUUAUGGGUUGUCGACUAUGAACUGCCCAAGACAGUAACAGCCCUCUGUGGACCUAUUCUUAAUGAAGCAGGAGUGAUCUUGGCUUGUGGAUCUUUUUUACAAUGGGAAGAUUGGAAGACAUCUACUUUCCAUUGCUCAUUCCUCUCCAGUUCAACCAUGAAUAUUGCUGCGGUUGGAACUAAAGGAACUCUACAAGUUCAUGAUUUUAUUGUCCCUCACAAAGAGAGAGCUGCUUCAUUUUCUGCUGGCUCUCAGACUAGAUUCAGGGAGAUCGUUACAGGUUGGGUUCCAUUGCCUUCUCAGCAUGUGGUCACGACAGAUCUCCCUCAGAAAGCCUGCAUGGUGAGGGAGUUCCCAAGGUUGGUGAAAAAUAUAAAGGAGGGUGGAUCCAAACUAGAGAGUAAGUGGCACAACAUCAUCAGGAAUACACAACUGGUUCUGGAUGCAGUCAAGGAAUCCAUUGAGAAAGGUUUUGAACCGGUCCAGGUUGCUGGGGCUUAA